AUGUCACUCUACGAUGAUGAAAUACUUGAACCAACGAAAGACGGUGGUACAAAAGUUGGAGCUUGGUCUGAUUCAAUUAAAUUACUUCAAGGGCCUAUUCAUGCUAAAAAAUUUCAUCAACAACAGCAACAACUUAAAAAAGAUCUAACAAAAACUGUAGUUGGACCUGUAGCUGAUCUACGUAAAAAACGAGCACCGCCAUUACCAAGGCAUACAAAUGCUGAAGUUACAUUUAAUAGUAUUACUGGAAAGAUGGAACUACGUGAUAGCGCUUCUCAACUACAAGAUACAAAUGGACCAUCACCUUCAGUCACAGCAUUAAUUCAAAAUAUAACAUCAAAUAUAUCUGUAUUUGGUUAUACAGAUGAAUAUGAUCCAUUGAGACCAAAUGAUUAUGAAAAAAUAAAAGAACAACGUAAACGUGAACAAACUCGACGUGAUCGUGAUUUAGAGCGUCAACGUCGUAAUGAUGAUGAACCAAAAGGAUUAUAUGACGAAGAUUAUGAAACUGAUGAUAAGGAUGAUUAUAAUCGAGAAUCAAAUGAUCGAGUAACACGAAAAGGAAAUGUUUUUGCACCGCCUUCAUCAUUAAUUGAAGAAGAUAAACGAGCUAGCAGUAGUACCCAAAAUGAAUCAGAUACAAAAGAUGAUUAUGCAUCAUUACCAGUAUGGAAUUCAGAUGAACCUAUUGAAGAUAUGGACACUGAAAGUUCAGGACCAAAUCUUAGUUUUGGAUCAACCAAAGGUGCUGCUGCUGUUGCUAAAAUGAUGGCAAAAAUGGGUUAUCGAGAAGGUCAAGGUCUUGGUAAAUCUCAGCAAGGUAUGAGUUCAGCAUUAAUUGUUGAGAAAACUAGUAAACGUGGUGGAAAAAUUCUACAUGAAAAAGAAUUAUCAUCGAAAGAUUCAAUUUUAUUUCCACCACCAUUAAUACCACCACCUCCUCCUCCUCUUUCUCUGCCAAUGAUGGUAUCUCCGUCUGUUAUGGCCCCGAAAGGUGAUUCCGGUAUAAAUAUAGCUGUUGAAUUAAAAGGAGCAACAAAAGUCAUCUUACUGAAAAAUAUGGUUGGGCCUGGUGAAGUUGAUGAUUUACUUGAUAGUGAAACAAAAGAAGAAUGUCAAAAAUAUGGUGAAGUCGAAAAAUGUCUAAUCUAUGAAAUUCCUGAUGUACCCGAAGAUGAAGCUGUUCGAAUAUUUGUUGAAUUUAAACGAGUUGAAUCUGCUAUUAAAGCUGUUGUCGAUAUGAACGGAAGAUACUUUGGUGGACGUGUUGUCAAAGCAAAAUUCUACAAUGUAGACAAAUUUCGUCGAUUUGAUUUGGCUGAUGAUUCUUGA